UCGAUUCAGCCAGUAAGUCCCUCCGUGUCAGUCUUAUUUCAGUUCUGCACAAAAGGGCUGCAAUAGCAAGCGAUAUCGGUAAGAUGACAAACAGUGGAAAUGUUUUCGCAAUUUUGCUGUUUGUAGGCAUUUUGGCUAAUGGACAGGCUGCUGUACGCUGGAGUUGCGAGGCGAACGCCACUGGGCAGGCAAUCGAUGUGGAACAGUUGUCCGGUUCCUGGUACGAGGUUGCACGACUACCGCACAGCGAUAUUCCCGCCUGUGUGGAAGUUAUUGCUCCCACUUCCAUUGAGAAAGAUAUGUACACCUUGAAAUUGGAUUACAUCAACAACGUGAACAAGGGUUGGAAACGGGUGCAGGAAAACAUUGAAUUUCCCUGGGACGCUAAUACACAGAAAGGAAAGCUGAACCUAACGUACACUGGCGAUGACACAAACGUCACGGUCAACUUCGUUUACAUGGGCACCUUAAACAAUCUGACAUUGGUUUGUGGCUACGCUGGUUUAGCUCCAAGUGUCUCCUUGCUUCGAGUCUUAAGCAGAAAUAGGACAGUGGAGUACAGAAUGCAGAGGGAACUGGAGACGUUAAUGGCUGAUUUCGGUGUUGAUGCAGCUGAAAUAACCUGGGUGGAACAGGGGUCAAAAUGUAACAGUGGUCCCUCAGUGUCAUCGUCCAUUUUCGUUGUACUGCUGACAGCUGUAAUGGUUUCCAUGGAGAAAGUGCUCAACAUCGACCAUUAGACGGAGUAGAAACCAUUUUAGUUGUAAGCCAACCUAAGUCGCAAUUAUGAGAAAAUACUACGCCGGUGACUACGAUAACGUUAUCGAUUACAAUGUAUGUAGGUAUAUAAGUCCCGCUAUCAUAGGAGUAAAUCGCAGACACACUCAGACAUCCAUGCGAACAGCCAACCGCCCACCCAUCCAUCCCCAUAACACGAACAACACAAUAAAAUGAAAAUACAACAAUA